AUGGCUGUGCGAGUACAAGCACAUUUAUUGAAAGAUGGAAAUUCAGAGUUUGAUGAUGUUUGGGAAGAAGUAAGAAUGGAACUCCUUUUGUUUUGGGCAUUGGAACGAAGGAACGUGAAGCGUGAAGUCUACAAGGAAGGGCUAGUGGGGCGGGGCAGGGCCCGGCGCGGCGCGGCGCGAAUGGCGCAGUUUGCGGCCCGCGCCGCGCCGGUGCAGCAGAGCGGCGCGAAUGCACUUUCGCGGCCUCCCGCAUUGCGUGUCGGCGGCACGGAGCACAGCACCCUCUCCGCACGCGAAGUGCUGCGCUCGCCUCGCGUCGCGCGCGACAGCAGGCUGUGCUUAGCGUACUUUCUGCCCCCACAGUUCGUACCUAUGUACUUCCAUUUAGGAGAACACGAAGUAGUUGUUAUUGGUGAUGAUAUAGAGUGGAUAAAGACCAGAAUGUAUAAACUGGAGGUGAGUGCUCUGGAAGGUGCGGUGUCUGCUCGAUACACGGGCGUGUGAUGAGGUUGCGCAGAGCUGCUGUCUGUGCCUGCCAAGCAGAAGCAGUAGUGAGGUGGAUCUGCAUACGAGCCGUGUCGCUCCGUAUCUUCAACUCACGAACUUCAAAUGUUCCUCUCACAAUCCCUGUUUCUCUCUCCCAUCCUUGACUUCAUCGGGUCUUCCUGCGCAGUUGAGUUGUGUGGUUCUUUUUCGUCUGGUGUGUGAUGUUGCGUCUCAUGUUACCAGAUGAGAUUUCUUUUCAAGCUUUUUGACGUUUUUUUUU